GUGGACAGCUGAUUUCAAAUCGAAGAGCAGGGAACACGAGAAACGGAACUGUAAUGGCGGAUUCCAAGUAAGCUGUCAAAGAAUGGUGCAUUAUAGUUUUGAUUUUAUUCAUGGAUCGUCAAACGUAAUUAAUCUAGAAUCGAGUGAAAAGUUCGUUAAUAUGUAUCCAGUAUGUGAAAUCGACGAAUUAGUGGUGCAGCUGAUGUAAAUUGUACAUGUACAUAUAUAUAUAUAUACAUAGCUGAAAGCGCGAGUGUUAUAUUAAUUGUACAUACCAACCAAUAAAUUCUAUAACUGUUUUUACUUUGCAAUGAUGAAUAACCGAAGGCGGACAAAUAACUUUACAUAUGUUAGUUCGUGCGUAAAGUAUAUGAUAUUUAUGCUCAAUUUCGUUUUCUGGUUAUUCGGAGGAUUGUUAAUUGGAGUUGGCUUAUAUGCAUUUGUGGACAAAUGGCAAGCUACUGGAUCUGUUAGACUGGAAAAUGUGUACGAUGUGGUCUUGAAUAUUUCUCUUGUAAUGGUCAUUGCAGGAGGAGUAGUCUUUGUUGUUAGUUUUGCUGGAUGUGUUGGGGCACUGCGUGAAAAUACAUGUCUUCUGAAAUUUUAUUCACUCUCUUUGUUGGUGUUCUUUCUCCUUGAAAUGGGAGUAGCAAUUGUUGGUUUUGUGUUUCCCCAUACAUUGCAAUCAUUGUUAGAAGAAUCAUUCACAGAUAAGAUUAUACAAACGUAUAGAGAGGAUCCUGAUCUACAGAACUUCAUUGACUUUGGGCAACAAGAAUUUCAGUGCUGCGGUUUGAGCCAAGAAGGAUAUUUGGAUUGGGGAAAAAAUGAAUACUUCAAUUGUUCUAGUCCUAGUGUAGAACGUUGCGGUGUGCCGUUUUCUUGUUGUAUCAAUGCUACAGACAUAUCAAGCGGUCUUGUGAAUAUAAUGUGUGGGUACAAAGUUCAAAUGUUUCCAGUCUCUGAAGCCGGCAAAAAGGUGUGGACCAGUGGAUGUAUUGAAAUUGUAAGAAGUUUUGCAGAACGAAACUUGUAUACAAUAGCUGGUAUUGCUUUGGGUAUAGCCCUUAGUCAACUGUUUGUAAUUUAUCUUGCCAAAACACUAGAAGGUCAAAUUGAAUUACAAAAAUCUCGUUGGCAUUCCUGAGCUUGACUUCAGGCCACCUACCGCUAUCAGAUUCAUUGCCCUCCCAGCUGGCAGGUGGCCAGUGGCCGAACAAGAGGCCAAGAUGUCGAAACGCACGUAAACGUUCGAAUGACAUUACUCGUUCUUUUCGCGAUCUUCGUAUACAUAUUAUGCAUUCUUUUUUUGAUUAGGCUUGUUCUUUAUUUUAAAAAUUAUUUUCAUAUAUACUUAAACAAAGGCUAGCUUUAACUUACAUACUUUCCUGUUGUUGUAAACGUUUUUUUGUUUUUCUUUUUCAUCGUUCUUAUUAAAUCGUUGAAUGCUUUAGCCAUAUAUACAUUUUUUUAAUGAAAUUUUAUUUACAUAGCAGCAAACUGGUCACACUAGUUCAUUAAAAAAAUGUGAUCCAAGUAUAAGCCUUCAUUUACAUGCAUAUGAAUUUGCAUUUACAAAAACUACUCGCAUUUGGGUAGAAUUUUUAGUUAGUAUAAGAUUACUAAAGGAUAGAACAGUGAGUACAUGCCAAGGUAAUUGAUUUAAUAUUAACGUGCAAUAAUUAUUCAUGUAUGAUUUUCUGAAAAAAAUAUCCUUAUACAAUAUUGAAUUUCAUACGAUAGUAAUUUUUGCAUCAGAUUUUCAAAGUAUCAUCAGAAUAAUGUAUCCAUACAUAUUAUAAGUACUGACAGUUUAAGCUUUUGAAUAAUUGAUCUAUAAAAGACUUACAAUUAGAUUAUGUAAUUUACAAAGUAGACACAAUUUAUAUGAGGUUUAUAAGCGAUUGAGUUUUUAUACUCUUCUUUUUCUGUAUAUUUAUGCAAUUAUUUGCAAAAAUGCUUUAGCAGGUAAAUCGUUCUCAUUUUAGACGAGAGCUUUUUGUUAUUCUUUUAGAUAAAGAAUACUUAUCAAACACAAUAGAAUACACUAUAUAAGUACACAGAUAAAAUACGCACAUCGUUCGAAAAAAUUAACUUCGAAUCUCUUUUGCUAUGUAUUCAUGUUUUUUAAUCUUUAUAUGAGCAUAUUAUAAAAAUAUUGUAGGAUUUUAAGAAAUAGUCGGAAACAGGCCUUGGGACUGAGAUUCGUAUAUUGAUCAUCGAUCAUCUGUACAAAGCCUUCCGACUUUUUCCUAAUUUCUUAGCCAAAAUAUUCUUAUAGGUCUGGUGGGUCCUGAUCCCCCAAUAUCAGUAAGCACAUAGUCAUUUACAAAUCCAUAUAGUUUCGUUCUAUUAUAUUACAUUAGUGUAACUCUAAUCUAAUGUAUAGAUGAAGAAACGUCCAGUGCCAAAGUCAGAAUAUUGUCUAACAUUUUUAUUUGGAACAAAACCUGACAAUAAUCUGGUGUAAACGAUUCGUUUAUUGAGUGCAUAUGGAGUACAUCUGCGUGACUUUUUAUCGAGAAUAAAUGUAAAACUGAUAUAUGAAUCCAUCUAGUUUGUAAUAAACAAGUAUUAUUCUAA